CUUCCCGCCGCAGCACCGCAGAUCAAGCCGAUGGAUCUGCCUGUCAGCGCGCCUUGGCCGCCGAACAGCCCGACCGAGCCGUCGCUAGAACCUGUCGUGCUGGCGGAGCUGAGGCCGGGCGUGAUUGAUAACUUGUCGCUAUUGCCGACCGAGCUGUCGCCCACGCGCACCGAC